AUGUUAUAUCAUAUAUCAAUAAGCUUACAUGAAUUUGGAUAUUGUCAUAAAGAUUUACAUACUGGAAAAAUUUUACAAAUUAAUAAUAAAGUUACAUCUUAUCUUUCAGACUAUGGAUUAUCUGAACCAGCAAUUGAACAGAAAAUUUGGAAAAGGAAUAAAUAUAUGAACGCUAAUUCAAAUGAAAAACCAACAACUGAUGAAUUAUAUGAUAUAUUUUCUUUUUGGUAUUCUUCUAUUAGAGGAGCAAAAGAUAAGUCGGUUAUAAAAGGAAAAGAAAUUAAAGAAGUAUUUAAAGAAGCAUUUAAAGAAGCAUUUAAAGAAGCUGAUAAAGAAAUACCAAAUACUUUAACUUCAUAUGAAAAGAAUUCGGAUGCUGAGAGCGUUACGUUUAGUAAUUUAUUACCAAAACCUGUUAAUUCAUCCAUUUUAACUUCCUUGCGAUUCUCAAUUAAUCGACUUGGAAAUUCCCAAUUAAGAGUUUAUAGUGAUAAAGUUUCUUGA